AUGAUGAACAUCUCCAACACAGUGAACUCCUCCAGCCACUCGGAGGAAGAGUGGGAGCUCAGCAUCAACCUCUUCUUCAUUACACCUCUCCAUGUGAUAAAUUAUCUCCUGGGUCUUCCUCUAAACUCCUAUGUCUUCGUGCUGCUGUUAGAUGGACGCAGGUCUUUGGAUCCGUGUGACAUUUUGACUCUCAAUCAGGCUGCUGUUGAAAUCUUCUUCCUGCUCCUGGCACCUUUCCACAUCAUGUGCGAUGUGGAAACAGAGUUGUGUUUCUAUAAAGCGAUGGGGUUUGUCAUCGGCAUGGGGAUGGUGGUGCGCUCUCUGCUCCAGUGUUUGGUAUGUUUGGAGCGCUACGUGGCCGUCAUCCAUCCCGUCACCUUCCUGAAGUUCAGACCUCUCAGGUACCGAGCUGCGAUCUGCAUCGUGACGUGGUCGAGCGGAUUGGCGUGUGGCGUUGUCUGCAUGUUCAUGUUCCCGUUCCUGCCCUACAGAGUUAUCCUCACCUACGCUGUCAUCAUCCUAAGCAUCAGCGUCUUCAGCUGCGUGUCCAUUCUGAACAAGCUGAGACAUCCAGGACCAGGGGAGAGGAACGCUGGCAAGGGGGUGGAGGACGCAGCCAAAAAACGGGCCUUUCAAGUCGUGGCAAUAAACCUGCUGAUGUUUCUGAUCCAGAACAUCCCAAUCUCCGUCGUCUUCUGCAUGCAGGACACAUUGUCCAUGACGGACUUCAGGCUGGCUCUAGUGAUCAGUCUGGCCAUUAACAUCAUGAUGGGUUUCAUGAGUCCAGUUUUUGUGCUUCAUAAAGCUGGAAAACUCUCGUGUUUAAAAUCCACAUGCUUUUAA